AUGUCGACUCAACAUCUAUACGGUACACCCGCUCCUCAACCAUCCGACCAAAAUCAAAACACUUCCACUCCAUCUUCCUCAGCACCUGAGAAACUCCAUCUCACUUCUCACAAUCAAUACAAGACCCCUCGACUCCUUCGAGACAAUCUUCACGCCAAUCCUCUAAUCCAAUUCAACAGCUGGCUCUCUGCCGCACUCGAUCCCAAGGAUGGUCAACCCAUCGUAAAAGAACCAGAGGCUAUGACUUUAUCUACCUCUUUACCAAAUGGUAUACCAUCAUCUAGGAUCGUCUUACUGAAAACGGUAGAUGAGAAAGGAUUUGUUUUCUUUACGAAUUACAAUUCACGUAAAUCCCAAGAACUGUCCAAUAACCCUUAUGCAAGUUUGGCAUUUUACUGGAGAGAGGUAUCUCGUCAGGUUAGAGUGGUGGGUAAAGUCGAGAAAGUGAGUAGGGAAGAAUCGGAAGAGUACUUCAAGAGUAGACCUAGAGGCAGUCAGGUGGGUGCAUGGGCCUCCCCACAGAGUAGUAUUGUCCAGGAAGGGGAGGUGCAACAGAUUGUCGAUGAGAAAACUAAGGAGUUUGGGGAAGCAAUGGAGAUCGAUUGUCCGCCGCAUUGGGGUGGAUGGAGAGUCGUACCCUUCGAAGUCGAAUAUUGGUCUGGUCAACCAUCACGAUUACACGAUAGGUUCAGAUAUACCAGACCUCAAGACUCACAGGAGAGUCAAUGGGAGAUUAACAGGUUAGCUCCCUGA